GCUACAUUGUCACUGCUGUUCCCGCCAAAACUGCGACUGGGGAAAAUGGUCGUCUUCAUAGCUUUUGUCGUAUGUAGCUUCGUAUCUACAGCUUUAGCAUGCAAUGGAUACGAAGCAAGAAACUUGAAGGUUGAAAUGUGCGGAGACAAAAACGGACUUAUACAAUUUGACAAUGUCGUUCCAGAUUUGAGAGACGACUGCACUGUAGUUGUGAAAGGAUGCAUCAAAGUCACAAAACAAAUCGACUGGGGAAAUGGGACCUACAAAAUAGAGAAAAAAGGAAUGCCACCAAUCAAAUUCCAAGGAAAAGAGGAUCUUUGCAAACUCUUCAAGGACUCAAAGAAGAAUCCAGAAGUGUCGUUGGUGUUCAAAAUGUUAAACUUGGAGCAAAAAUGUCCUUUGAAGGCCGGUGAAAUCUGUGGCGACCCUAAGGGUGUGAGCGUAGCCAAAUACAAGGACCACAUGAAGAUGAUGGCAGGUGACUACGAAGGCAUAAUACAAGGUGUCAGCAACAAUGGACCUGUGUGCGUCAAAGUCACAGUGUCUAUUGUAGCGAAGGGAGGAGCCGGAGGUUUGAAGGGGUUGCCGAAAAUGGGUUAGACUUGUAACUUGAUUUUGAAAAAUAAAUCGUGUAAGCUUUUAA